AUGGAUCAGUGUGGGGAACAUGAGAGCCAGACCAAAGUUCAGAGGAAGAAACGAGGAACUAAACGCAAACAUGAACCCGGAUCUGAUCCCAGCUUUGUGUCCUCAAAGAGCAAUGUGCCUAAAGAUGAGGUCAUUGAUUUUAACGUCUCUGCUGCAGAGAGAGAGAGGAAGAGGAGUGCUGUUUGUGAGGAGGAGCAGCUGCCCUGCUGUCCUUUCUGUCAGGACGUCCUGAAGGAUCCAGUCCCUACCAGCUGUGGACACUGGUUCUGCAGACAGUGCAUCUCCUCAUACUGGGACCAGUCUGCCUCAUCAGGAGACUCAUCCUGUCCCCAGUGUAGAGAAAGAUCCAGAACUGGAGCUGGACUGCAGACAGCCAGUCAGAGCAGCUGUGUACAAACAGAUGUUGGUUUGCAGGAGGUUUUAGAUGAACAUAAGAUCAGUGUGAGGAGGAGAUGUGAACGUGUGACUGAAGGAAGUGAUAAAGCAGGAAGUAGAACCCUCCUCAACAGGAUCUACACUGAGCUCUACAUCACAGAGGGACAGAGUGAAGAGGUUCAUACCCAACAUGAGGUGAGGCAGCUGGAGACAGCUUCCAAGAUGGACACCCUCCAUGACACUCCAAUCAGGUGCAUGGACAUCUUUAAAGCCUUACCUGACCAACAGAGACCCAUCAGAGUGGUUCUGACCAACGGCGUCGCUGGUGUUGGAAAAACCUUCUCAGUGCAGAAGUUCACUCUGGACUGGGCAGAGGGCUUGGAGAACCAACAUGUCAGUGUGGUGGUUCUGCUUUCAUUCAGGGAGCUGAACCUGAUCAGAGAUGAGCAGUACAGUCUUCUGGAGCUGCUCCAUGUUUUCCAUCCAACAUUACAGAAGGUCACAGCAGAGAAGCUGGCUGUCUGUAAACUUUUGUUCAUCUUUGACGGCCUGGAUGAAAGCAGACUUUCAUUGGAUUUCACCAACAGGAAGCUGCUGUCUGAUGUCACACAGAAGUCAUCAGUCAGCCAGCUGCUGACAAACCUCAUCCAGGGGAAUCUGCUUCCCUCAGCUCUCGUCUGGAUAACUUCCCGACCUGCAGCAGCCAAUCAGAUCCCUCCCACAUGUGUUGACAGGCUAACAGAAGUACGAGGCUUCACUGACACCCAGAAGGAGGAGUACUUCAGGAGGAGAUUCAGUGAUGAAGAGCUGUCCAGCAGAAUCAUCUCCCACAUGAAGACAUCCAGGAGCCUCCACAUCAUGUGUAGUAUCCCAGUCUUCUGCUGGAUCACUGCUACAGUUCUGGAGCACAUGUUGACUACAGAGCAGAGAGGAGAGCUGCCCAAGACCCUGACUGACAUGUACUCACACUUCCUGCUGGUUCAGACAAAGAGGAAGAAGAACAAGUACCGUGAGGGACAUAAGAUGAGUCCACAGGAGCUGAUGGAGGCUGACAGGGAAGUUCUUCUGAAGCUGGGGAGGCUGGCAUUUGAACAUCUGGAGAAAGGCAACAUCAUGUUCUACCGAGAAGACCUGGAGCAGUGUGGUCUGGAUGUCACAGAGGCCUCGGUGUACUCAGGAGUUUGUACAGAGAUCUUCAAAAGAGAGUGUGUGAUCUUCCAGAAACCAGUUUACUGCUUUGUUCAUCUGAGUAUUCAGGAGUUUCUGGCUGCAGUCUACAUGUUCAACUGUUUCACCAAUACAACGACAAAGGUGGUGGUGGACCUUCUGAGGAUAGAUUGGAAUGAGUCACCUCUGAUUGUUUUCCUGAAGAGAGUGAUGGAGAAAUCCCUCCAGAGUAAAAAUGGCCACCUGGACCUGUUUGUUCGCUUCCUUCAUGGCCUCUCUCUGGAGUCCAACCAGAGACUCUUAGGAGGUCUGCUGGGUCAGACAGAGAUCAGUCCAGAAGUCAUCCAGAGAGUCAUCGACAACCUGAAGAAGACGACCAGUGAUAAAAUCUCUCCUGACAGAAGCAUCAACAUCUUCCACUGUCUGAUGGAGAUGAACAACUUCUCAUUAUUUCAGGAGAUCCAAGAGUUCCUGAAGUCAGAGAACAGAUCAAAGAAGGAACUCUCUGAGAUCCACUGCUCAGCUCUGGCCUUCAUGCUGCAGAUGUCAGAGGAGGUUCUGGAUGAGUUUGACCUGCAGAAGUACAACACAUCAGAGCAGGGACGACUGAGACUGAUUCCAGCUGUGAGGAACUGCAGAAAGGUUCAACUGACUCAGUGUGGACUCUCAGAAACUCACUGUGAAGUUGUGGCCUCAGCUCUGAAGUCCAACCCCUCCCAUCUGACAGAGCUGGACAUGAGUGACAAUGAACUGCAGGAUUCAGCAGUGAAGCUUCUGUGUGCUGGACUGGAGAGUCCAAACUGUCAACUGGAGACUCUGAGAUUGAUGAGCUGUGGUUUGUCAGAGAUCGUCAUCAUUAAUGCUGCUCCACCACCAUCACUGCAGCUGACUAAUGAGCUUCUGUGA